UUUAUUAAUAAAAUUGUCAUAUAUUUCAGAAUGGAUCAUUUGCAGCAUCUGCAACAUCUUAUUGCUUUGCAAAGAGGAGCCACAGUCGAAAGGUAUGUGGUACGUGAUAGGAUGAAUCCUUUUCAAUCCUACAGCAUUGAAGAAUUUGUGGCAAGAUACAGGGUGACUAAAGAGUGUGUCACUGAACUGCUUGAGACCAUCAGACACCGUCUAGCAGUAGUUCACAAUAACAGAGGUAGCCCGAUCCCACCUCAUCUUCAACUGACCAUAGCUCUGAGAUACAUGGCAACUGGCAAUUUUCAGCUGAGCAUGGCUCACUGUUCAGAUGUGUCCCAGUCCAGCAUCAGUUGAUGUGUCUCAGUUAUUGCAGCUAGGAUAGCAGAAUUGGCACCAAGGCACAUCAAGUUCCCAGAGCCAACCAAUGAAGAAACCGUCAUGAGCCAAUUUUCUGUGAUUGCUGGGAUGCCAUGUGUAAUUGGGUGUGUUGAUGGAACACACAUUCCAAUUAGAAGUCCUGGUGGAGUAGAUGCUGAACUGUAUCGAUGCCACAAGGGAUUCUUUUCUUUGAAUGUGAUGGGUGUCUGUGAUGCUUCCCUAAAAUGUUUAAAUGUUAUUGCAAACUGGCCUGGUAGUGCCCAUGAUGCUCGUAUUUUUAAUGAGUCUCUUUUAUGUGAGAAGCUGCGAUCAGGUAGUUUCAAAGGCUUUCUUUUGGGGGACACUAGAUAUCCUUGUAGGUCCUACAUUCUGACUCCUUUUGGUAAUCCUAGUACUGACAAGCAGUGU